AUGAAAUCGGACUAUUUUGCCGCUCUUGAACAGGCUACUGACAAUGUGCAGCUUCAUUUUGUUCCGGCUACAAACAAGUUCGCUGCUCUGGCUGGUCACGACUGUCUUAUCCAUCUUGCUGGCGGGUGUCUUGGCCAGCUGGCGGCUGGUCUUCUAAAGACGGCUAACGAUAUUCGGCUGCUGUCAUCUGGGCCACGUUGUGGUCUGGGGGAACUAAGGCUCCCAGAAAACGAACCGGGUUCAAGCAUCAUGCCAGGUAUAUUUAAAAAGAAACAUAUCACUUGGCGUCCAUUUCCAUGCCUAUGCUAA